CUCAAAGCUCUGCGCCCCCGAUCAGUUUCGGAAGGGAAUAGAUGCCUGGCCUAUUCAAUCUCACCUCAUAUUGACAUAUAUGCCAUUAAGGAGCCAGUCUGGUGAAUCUUCCUGCAUGCCUUUUAGAUACUGAAAGUUUGAAGUAAAUAUAGAAAAUUCUAGAAGUGCUCAGCAUGUCAAGGACCGUCUGUGAAAAUAGAAUGAGAGUUAACAUUCUGAGGUCAACUGCAUUGGUGUAGAAGAGACCACAUCAUGAACACCAAAUGCAGUGAACUACAUUGUAAGUAGUACAAACAAAUCACUCCUUCAACUGGAACAACAAAAGAGGAGGUAAAAGAGCAGAGGAGGGCGGCCGUCGCUAUCCCGACUGCGGAAGGAACUGCAACAUCAUGGCAUCUGGAAAGAAUGGUGAUUCAUGCAGGUCAUGUUCAUCACAUGAAAAGAAGACCAAUGAGAUUGAUACAGAGCAGAACAAGGUGGAAGAAGCAGAUGACAUUUUUCAGAAUAAUGUCCACUGCCAAUAUCAGAAUGAGGUAGAAGAGGAUCUAAACAAUGGAGUGACGAUGCCUGGCACACCAACAGUUGCGGACCUUACCAGUUCCCCAGUGGAAAUAGGGCAUCAGCUGGCAAUUAUUGGAGAUGAGCUCAAUCAUCAAAAGAACAGAGAAUUUCAAGCUGCGCAGGUUCGCCUUCCUUUCACAUUUGAACGUGGAUAUGAGUCCUUCUGCAGAGUUGCUGAAAGAUUAUUUGAUAAUGAAAUAAACUGGCAUCAAACAAUCACCCUGCUAAGCUUUGGAUACAAGAGUAUGAGAUAUGUCUUUCGGGAAGGAAUCAUGGAAUCUUUUGGCAGAGUUACAGAACCCAUUGCAAAGAUUGUAGCAAAGAAUCAAAUCACUCAAUGGAUUGCUGAGCAAGGAGGCUGGACCACUGCCCUUUCUAUUGAGAAUGUCAUCUUGAAAUGGCUGUUUGGAAUCUUUGUGGUUGCUAUGCUGGGUGUGGCAAUUGUAUGCAAGAUUUACAAACCAUAAACCAAGUGCUAUGCUGGAUUGUCAAAGCUGGUCUUGGCCAAGCAGUGUAUUUGCUCACUUCACCCAGGUGGUGGAGGUCUUUUUUUUAUUGUCAAAUUUGAAUAAUGGAAAUAAUGUUUCCUAACUUUUCUUUAGAUAUUUAAGAUUUUUUGGGAAAAGUGCUGGGCCACACUUACAUUUUCUAAACUUUUAAAAAUAUAAUAUAAUGAAAUUAAAUGUAUGACCGUUACUGGUAACUGUCUACAUUGAUUGCUUGAAA